UCUUCUUCGCUUGAGGAAAGCGGGGUGGACGUGUGUGACCCGCUGCGGUCGCUGCUGCUGACGCUUUCUGUCCCUUCCCACGCUCAGCUCAGAAUUUCCAUUGGCUUUAUGGAAACCGCUAGCUCGCUAAGAGCACUUUGGAUAAAUGCGACCGCUAGAAGCAAAGCCGUAAAAACUCGAGCCAUGUUUCUUGGAGGGGGGGAGGGAGAUAAAGUCAAAGGGUGGGCUCCGAAGGCAUUGCGCGGCAGCCCCGUCAUCCCCAAUGCGCGUGGAAAUGUGGGAAGAACUUAUUUGGAGAACCAGCUGGAAAGGAACUACGGAAUUACUUCUCCCAUUAGUUUGGCACCACCAAGGGAAAUAGAUUAUAUCUAUUCACAGAAACUUAUUGAAGCCCUGGAGCCUUUUGGUGUAUUUGAAGAGGAAGAAGAGCUGGAUUGCAGGUUAGCUGUUCUUGACAAACUAAAUAACUUGGUUAAAUACUGGAUUGCAGAAGUUACUGAAAAUAAGAACUUGCCAUCUUCAAUCUCAUCUAGAGCUGGUGGCAAAAUAUUCACAUUUGGUUCCUAUCGGCUUGGAGUUCACACCAAAGGUGCUGACAUAGACGCGCUCUGUGUAGCCCCUAGACACAUAGAAAGAUCAGACUUCUUCCAGUCAUUUUUUGAAAAGUUAAAGCUCCAAGAUGGCAUCAGAAAUCUGAGAGCAGUAGAAGAUGCAUAUGUACCAGUAAUCAAGUUUGAAUUUGAUGGUAUUGAGAUUGAUCUCGUCUUUGCAAGACUACCCCUGCCAAGCAUUUCAGAUAGCCUGGACCUUAGGGAUGAUGCACAUUUGAGAAGCCUUGAUAUCAGAUGCAUUCGGAGUUUAAAUGGUUGCAGAGUCACUGAUGAAAUACUUCAUUUGGUACCAAACAAGGAGAACUUCAGGCUGACACUCAGAGCAAUUAAACUGUGGGCUAAGCGGCGUGGAAUUUAUUCCAACAUGCUGGGAUUCCUUGGUGGUGUUUCUUGGGCCAUGCUGGUGGCAAGGACCUGUCAGCUGUACCCAAAUGCUUUGGCAUCAACCCUUGUUCACAGAUUCUUCUUAAUUUUUUCAAAAUGGGAAUGGCCCAAUCCUGUCUUGCUGAAACAACCUGAAGAGAGCAAUCUCAACUUGCCUGUCUGGGACCCCAGGGUAAAUCCAGCUGACCGGUAUCAUCUAAUGCCCAUUAUCACUCCAGCCUAUCCACAGCAGAACUCCACUUAUAAUGUGUCCACAUCAACCCGAGCAAUCAUGGUGGAAGAAUUCAAAUACGGUCUCAUGGUUACAGAUGAAAUUCUUCAAGGAAAGUCGGACUGGCCAAAGCUGCUUGAGCCACCCAACUUUUUUCAAAAGUAUAAACACUAUAUUGUAUUGACUGCUGUUUCUUCAACUGAAGAACAUCAUUUGGAAUGGGUUGGUUUGGUGGAGUCUAAAAUCCGUGUGCUUGUUGGACACUUGGAGAGAAAUGAAUUUAUUACUCUCGUCCAUGUAAAUCCACAGUCCUUCAGUGGGAACAGGGAUCAGUACAAAGAAAGUGAUUAUGUGUCAAUGUGGUUUCUGGGAAUAAUUUUUAAGAAACUGGAGAACACAGAGAGUGUAAGCAUUGACUUAACCUAUGAUAUCCAGUCAUUCACAGAUACAGUUUAUAGGCAGGCAAACAAUAUCAACAUGUUGAAAGAAGGCAUGAAGAUUGAAGCUACUCAUGUGAGGAAGAAACAACUCCAUUUUUAUUUGCCAGCAUAUUUCUUUCAGAAGAGGAAAAAGAGCGUGCCUGAUCUUGGUGGACAUGCUUGUGGGGUCGUGUUGAAAAAGACAAUGGAAAAUGAUAGUGGUUUGGACACUUACAGCAGUGCAGAAGUUACCACACAGUGCAGUACUGUUUCCUCAUUCAAUAAUGUGAUGGAAUAUUGCAGUAAAUCUUUUUCAAAAGGGAUAGAAAGGCCUGAUGUCCUUCAAAAACCCACUAUAUGUGAAAGGCAAGAGAAACCAUGGACCAUCACUCAGUCAACGAUGUCUGUACCAGACUUGAAUCUUACAGCUUCAGCAGACAGAACUCUGCCUUUAAGUUCCAGUAGUGUCUCCAUGGCCAUAGAGCAAAAUAAAAUUCCUCCAACUAUCAUCCUUGCUUCUACUCAUUCCCAGGGACACCUAGAUGGCGUAAAUUCUAUUAAAAAUAACUCUGCACAUAAGAGAGAUCACUCACCAAUCUCUGAAGAUUGUUUUAAGCGGCUGAAAGAUGUAGACAAGCACAGCCUUAAAGACACCCUGACUCUUCCAACCUUUGAUACACAAAGAUCACAGCGGCUUUCUAGUAAAGAAUUGCCAGAUUCAUCUUCUCCAAUUCCAGCAAGUGGUAUGGUUCGUGUUGUUAAAAACUCCAUCAGACUGACUCUUAAUCGAUAGCAGUGCUUUACCAGGCAUCCUAAAGUUACUGGAUCCAUACUACUGUAAUAGAAAGCAACACUCAAAGAAUGAAGACAGAGACAGCAUCUAAAGGGUACAACCUAUGAUUUGCAUAUUAGUCCGUAUCGGCUCCGGCUUGGAUCUCUUGUAACAGAACUGGGAACUUCCUGAAUCACUGCUCCAAGAUGGCGUCAAGGCAGUGCUAUGUGGAACAAUAUUGGCAUUAUGCAUAGCAUCCAUCCUUGUUUAAAAUGGCUUAAUCUUCUAUAGAUUUCUCUCUUCAGGUGUUACACUGUCAUAGUUUCAAACUACUAUUAUAAUUUCAAACACUGUCAUAAUUUCAAACUACUAUUCCUCCAAAAUGUGUGGUGUGUGGGUAUUCUCCUAGUGUAAACUUCAUUCCCUUGGACUGGAUCUUUAUUUUCACUGUGCAAAUGCAUAGUUUUAUUUUAAAUCUUGUAUUGUUCUUUCAGCAGAAAUGUCUUUGUUAUGAAAAACCAAAAAAAAAAUGUCUUGCCUUUAUUUUUUCCUAUAGGGUUUGGCAUGCAGAGUACUUUGCCCUGGUGUAUUUCUAUUGUUAUCAAUGUCAGUUCAAUACAGGGGUGCAGGUAGUCUGAAGCUCUCUCUUAAAUAUAUUCUUAACACUGUUGUUUUAACCCAAAAACCCACGUCCAGUCUCGAUGGUACGCAACGCUGGCUGGCGAUCUGCGUAGCAGGUCACCAUAGGGGUUCUUGUAAAGUGGAAAAAUGCACAGGAGUAUGUGUGUAUAUAUUGGAGGUACUUCUCCUUUAAAAAACAAUCCAUUUGGGAUAUAUGUAGAUGUUCCCCAAAAAGCUGCUUCCCCUGGAGACUCCCAAAAACUAGAGCACAAUUUCAGUCAUUGUUCAGUUGCAUUGAAGCCCUAUAAUAGUCAGAUAUAAAUUUAACUUUGAUGCUUCUCUCUACACAUCCAGCACUCCAAUUUUAAACCAAUGGGAAUGAAACAGGCUUCAGUGUUUAGCUGGAUUGCAUGAUAAUCUAUAAAUAAAAAUGUGAACAGACUCAUAUCUUCAACAAUACUGGAAUGCAAGCAAAGUGGUUAGUGUAUUACUUGAAUUUCAGAAUUGUUAGAGGGCCUCGUAAAACCAUUAUUCGCAAUCCAAUCCAUUUUUUUCUCACAUGUUGAAAGUUCUGAAAAUUAUUUUCCCUAUUUUGGCCUGCCUUGUGAAUGAGUGCUCUUUAAUCUUUUGUGAACUGGGAUUUGGGAAUCAUGAUUUUUACUCAAGUUUGACUUCUGUAGUUUUCUGAACAACUUCACUAGAAUCGGUGUCUCCCUCUAGAAGAUCACUUGACUCUUCCAGACCCAUGUUUCCGUCAGAGCCCAUGGCCUGAUAUGUCAGGAGUAAAUACUGUUUUCAAAUCUUAAAUUUUGUAAUAUCUGCUUUUGUAAAAAAUUAUAAUUGAAACAAAAAAAGUGUAUGCAGAAUAUUUUUGUAUGUACUGUAAAAGAAUUUUUCAAAGAAAUGUAAA